AACCUCCAAUUUAUUGAGCUUCGAGCCAUAACCAGUGAGGGUUCUCUCUGCCGCCCCCAACCUCCCCUUCUUCUCGAAUAGAAUCCGUGGAGAUCGACCCCCUCUCUCCCAAGAGCUCUUUGGAGUUUGGAGCCAUCUCCAAUGGUCACGUCCUCGCCUCUCCUAGGGAGUGGGUAGUCGAUCCAAAUGCCAGACUCACCUCACUACGUUCUAUGUUUAUCCCCUUCUUCUCAUAAACCCUAACUCGUAAAUAGUAGAUUUAGGAGGGCCUCUAAAAGUUUUUGGUAGAUUUGUCUAUUUUACGCCUUUUGAUUCCUCUAGCUCUGAUGGUGGUAUUCCAAGUUGCGCUCUAAUGAGGUUAAGAUGGUACCUUUAUUUUAUUUAUUUCAGAUAAUCGUUAUUUAGUGAUCUUAACUUCAAUUACAUCUUCUGUAUUCCUUCUUAUUCUAUAGUUAAAGAUGAUUGGAGCUGAUCUGUGUAGAAAAUGGUGGAUUUAAUUAGAGUUUUGUUGGAAUUAUAGGCAUAAAUUGUGACAUUAAGUAAAUUUCUGAGAUUUAUUAUUGUUAUUAUGAGAUACUGUAUGUUGAUAGAUUCCAACUAUCACCGAUAUUAGAUUUUAUUCCGAAAACCUAGUUAUUUCGGUUAUAAAGGAAAUGGACUAACCUGUGUUCUGAUCGACUCUUUACGCUUAGAAAUGUAAAGUAUUUUGCAAAUUAAGGUAUAUUAAAAAUUUAGAUACGCAGUGUUAUAAUUCUCUUUCCCUCUCACAUUCUGGUUUGAGAUUUUCAGGGAUGUGAGUUAUGACAGAGAGUGAGUAAGUAUGUCCCCCCCCCCCCCCCCCCCCCCCCCCCCCCCCCCUUCUUCUAGAUUCAUAUCAGAAGUAAAUUAGCGUAGAAGGAUUAGUUAGACUUACUUGAGGGCGUGCUGGAAUUGAAAUUUGAUUGUACUUAUGAGGAUGGGGUUGUUCAUUAAAGAAUUUAGAUCACAUACUUGCGAGCAAAAUAUAUCCCAUAACACAAAUCUUGAUCAUCGUUAAGUUUCUACAGGAAUUUUAUAUUUCUUCUUUUAUUAAGUUUAAAGAGGGAAUGGUAAUUAGCAAUUUUAGUUCUUAUUUCCCUUUAUUGUAGUAGGUAGCUGACUGUCAGAUUGAUUUUGAAUUUCUGGAUGAAAUAUUCUCCAUGCAUACUGUCGAAAGAUUACAAAUCUGAAUUUGAAUGGAAAACUGUGCAUCUGACCAGGUCCUUGUCAUUAGGUAAUGUACACCUUAAAUACCUACUUUUUCUCUUCUUAUACUCUUAAGCCGAUGUCUGUGCUUGUGGUGAAGAAUUAACCAAAGAAAAACAGAUGAGCACUGAGUAGAACAGGGUAAAUUUCUUGACCCAAAGGAAACAAAGUUGCAGUUUGCACAUUGUUGAAGAAAUAGAAUUUUACGGGCAAUUUUUGUUAUUGAACAUUUUGGAGACAAUACUAUUAGCACCCUUAGUUGGGUAGACAAUAUUAUUACCAAAUUCUAAUUAUUAGCCAUGUGAUCUGUUUGAGCAGAUUAGCAUCAUUGACUGCGUUGUGAAUGCUUUGAAGACCUCAUUCAGCUGUGGUUGGGAAAACAUCAAAAUUGGAGAAAGAGAUCCUGCAUUUGACUGCUGGUCCUGUUGAACUUUUGUAUCCUCAAUUAUGAUCUCAUGAUUGUUGCACCGUUUGAAAAUCUUAUAACCUGCUAGUUUGUCUAAAAUUGCAUAAGAUACCAGUACAGUAUUUGACUUGAGAAAAGUAAUUUGAACACCAUAUUUGACAUGUGGGAAAAAAGAUAAUCAUAGAUUCUUAAGUAUCAAACUGCAACCAUUACCAUCAAGCCUUGUUCCAAUUAUUUGGGACUGGCCUAUGUAUCUAAUUUUGCCAUUUUAUCCCAAUAGUAUGCAUAUUGUGCACAUUUUCAAAUUCAUUUAUCCGUAUCUCUAUAGUCUUUCAGUCUGCAAGUGUAGUCUCUGACUCCAAGCAUCUAAUAAAGGGUAGGCUUUUGGCCAAGGUCUGGUAAGAAUGCAUGAACCUUGGUGUAUUUUGCUAUAUGAUGCGGAAGUAUUCAACGUCACAGAUAUGCUAGCGUUGAGGCGGCGGUAACUGGAUCCUCUAAAGUGGUGCGAAGUGCACGUCUCUUGCAUGAUCAAUCUUUUACUACAGGUGAAAAAAAAUCAGAAAGAAUUACAAGUUCUCUCCACAUCUGCAGCAGAAGCAUGGUUUCAUUCACAUUGCAGGGCAGAGCGGCCCUCGUUUGUGAUUUAUUGUAAAGAGAUUUGUUAUUCAGAUAUGCAUUUGUUGGUCGGAUAAAUGUAUUUUAUUUACGGUAUGUAGAGAAAUGUUUGUUGUAUUAUUACCAAAAUAUGUCAAACAAAACAGUUUCACUUGUUCAGCACAAAUGACAUUUCUGAUACCAUUUUUAUCUCACUGCAUUUCUGAAUCCAUGUUUCUCUCUCCCCUUAUUCGGAAUUGAUCUACAGGUUUGGUAGUUUUCACCGAACUUGUAGCAUUCAUCCAAGGUCUGGUAUCCCUCUGGGAGCAGGUGAAGGGACCGUGACAAUGGGGCAUGAUGUGUUGGUCGCCAGGUGCAUCCGGGUCGCUGAUCACAGCAGUAAGAUGCUUGAGGCUGGCAAUGUAGGUUGUUUCUGGCCUCUCUUCCUUUCAAAUUUUGACAAGCCAUCGAGUACGGGAUCAUUCCCUUGCAGCGAGCAUUAUGGGUCAUGCCAGUUGGGCUGUCUGAGCAGUCUUGGCACUGCCGUUGAGCUACUUUGGAGCAGAUUUGGCAGUAUGUAAGGCAGGUUUCAGAUGCAACUAUUGCUCUGGGGAGAGUGACACUGGAUCCAGUGUCGUCAUCUGAGGUUCAAUGUUUAGGUUUUCCGGAGCAAGGCAAGUCUGUACGAAAUGUCGAGGUUGCUUGCAGCCAUGGUUGGAGGAGCUAUUGGUGCUCUUGCAUUCUUGGUGAUUGUCAUUUGGUUUCUGUGGUUUUGUAUAUUACACCGUAGGACCUGUGCAAAUAGAAGUUCUGAGACUGGUUCGUCGGACCCUCCAACUAUAGUAGAAUGGACUAGGGGAGGUCGGAUCACCUCUGCUGGUGGGGGUCAUGCAACCGAACAUCAGGGAGCUAGGCAAUUUACAUUUGAAGAAUUGAGCCAGGCUACAAAGAAUUUUAAUGAGUCCAAUCUUGUUGGCAGUGGUAGCUUUGGCUUGGUGUACAAGGGCUUGCUUCUCGAUGGUACUAUUGUAGCGAUUAAAAGGCGUCGAGGUGCUCCACUGCAGGAGUUUGUUGAAGAGGUUAAAAGACUAUCUGAGAUAUGCCAUCGCAAUCUUGUUACUCUUAUUGGUUAUUGCCAGGAAGGUGGUUUACAAAUGCUAGUUUUCGAACAUUUGCCUAAUGGAAGUAUCAGCCGUCAUCUAUAUGAUAUUGCAAGGGGUCCAGUGACGAGACUAGAAUUUAAACAGAGGCUUUCUGUAGCUAUAGGGGCUGCUAAAGGGUUAGCCCAUUUGCAUAAUCUUGUUCCUCAAGUAGUUCACAAGGACUUCAAAUCAAGUAAUGUCUUGGUUGAUGAAAACUUCAUUGCAAAGGUAGCAGAUGCAGGCAUAGCUCAAUUACUUCAAAGACUUGAAGAUGCUGGCCCAUCUCAAUCAUCUGGUGGCAAUGUCUUCCAGGAUCCAGAGGUUGAAGAAUUUGGUGCUCUUUCUGAAGCCAGUGAUGUGUACAGUUUUGGAGUGUUCCUUCUGGAGCUCAUAACCGGUCGAGAAGCUGCACAUUUUUUUUCUCCAGGGUCAGAUGAAAGCUUGGCUCAGUGGGUGGAAGCACAUCUGAUUUCAAAUAACCUCAUUGAUCAACGACUGGGUAGCAGUUUUACCCCUGAAGGGAUGAAAGACUUGAUUGGGCUAACUCUUCAAUGCUUGAAUCCAUCUGGGAGAGGACGACCGAAGAUGAGCGCUGUUGUCGCAGAGCUUGAUCUGAUUCUUGAGACAGAGAUGUCGCUGACAACAGUUAUGGGUGAUGGUACUGCCAUAGUGACUCUGGGCAGCCAGUUGUUUACUUCUUCAUGAAGAACAGCACACCUAUUACAUAAUAAUCAGCGCCAGGUGCAAUCUUAUUCAUCAAAGGACCUGUGGCUGUUUGUUUCUUGGACAGUUCAGUAUACCUGCUUUGCAGUCCUAUAGCAGUUAUUGCUGUACAUUUUUAUCAAUUUUUUUUCCUAUAAUGUGCAGUAAUAGUAUUCUAUCAAAGAUAACAUAAAUUGCAGCUAAAAAUUGGUGAGCUCAGGCUUUGAUAUGGUACAUUGUUAAUUCAAGCUCUGUGUUUAAUCUAACUCAAAUCCAUUGCCGAGUU